ACAAGCACGUCCCCGGUGCGAGGCCAAAGACGAGCGAAGAAGAACCCUCGCCAGAAACGGCAGAGGGCAGACGGCGCCAUCUUGAAAGAAACAAUUUGUGUCCCUAAACGCGUUCAAACUCCAAUUUGUCGACAUGUUGUACCUGGAGGAUUAUCUGGAGAUGAUCGAGCAGCUUCCCAUGGACCUCCGCGACAGGUUUACGGAAAUGAGAGAGAUGGACCUGCAGGUCCAAAAUGCCACAGACCAGCUGGAGCAGAAGGUCAUGGACUUCUUUGUUAACGCCAAGAAGAACAAACCUGAGUGGAGAGAGGAGCAUAUGGAGGUCAUCAAGAAGGAUUAUUACAAAGCGCUGGAGGACGCAGAUGAGAAAGUGCAACUGGCCAAUCAGAUUUAUGAUCUGGUGGACCGGCACCUGCGCAAACUGGACCAGGAGCUGGCCAAGUUCAAGAUGGAGCUGGAGGCCGACAACGCCGGCAUCACAGAGAUCCUGGAGAGACGCUCUCUGGAGAUGGACAGCCCGUCUCAGCCCGUCAACAACCACCACGUCCACUCUCACGCCGCCGCAGAGAAGCGGAAGUACAGCGCUUCGACGCACCACACGACAGAACACGUCCCGGAGAAGAAGUUCAAGUCCGAAGCUUUGCUGUCCACGCUGACAUCAGACGCCUGCAAGGAGAACACGCCGGGUACCGACGUGCCAACGGACACGACCACACAAAAAGAAACACCCCCGCCGAUGCGCACAAUCACGCCAACACAUACGCUGAGGCACAUGGCACACGGUCACGCCAACGCACAAGGUUGCCGUAGCAACAGCACGACGUCCUCCUCGUCGUCGUCCGCCGCCAACAACAUCUACGGCGUCAACUCUUCGCAAGCCGUCACCUCGUACAGCCUGAGCACUCUUCCCGCGGGACCCGCCGCCGGAGCCGGCGCCAUCAGCAUGGCCGCCGCGCAAGCCGUGCAGGCCACCGCACAGAUGAAGGAGGGCCGACGGACGUCCAGUCUGAAGGCGAGCUACGAGGCCAUCAAGAACAACGACUUCCAGCUGACGCGAGACUUCUCGCUGUCCCGUGAGGUGUCGCCGUACCCGUCUUCCGCGCUGGCGUCCACGCUCACGCAGACGCCGGCCGCCGCCGCCGCCGCCCUCAACUCGGACUCUCGAGGCCGCAAGUCCAAAAGCGGCGUAAAGUCUUCCAACCAUCAGUCGUCUUCAUCCUCGUCGUCAUCUUCGCUGUCGUCGUGCUCGUCGGCGUUGGCUCAGGAACUUUCCCAGCAGGCGUCGGCGCUGCCCGAGGCCGAGGCCGGCGGCCAAGUGGACUGGACCUACGACCCCAACGAGCCGCGCUACUGCAUCUGCAACCAGGUGUCGUACGGGGAGAUGGUGGGCUGCGACAACACGGACUGUCCCAUCGAGUGGUUCCACUACGGCUGCGUGGGUCUGAGCGAAGCCCCCAAAGGGAAGUGGUACUGUCCUCAGUGCACCGCCGCCAUGAAACGACGCGGAAGCAGACACAAGUAGACGACUCGCCGCAAUGGAAACAUCGGACGCUAUUUUCUUUUUAACACAACAAUAAAAUGUUCUUGUCAACAAAAACACCCAAA